GAUGGUUCUCACCACACGAGAGUUCUUAGUACUGAAACGUAGCUUUCAGAAUACCAAUACCAAGGCUUCGAUAAUUGUAGCCUUCUGCCUAUGCCUAGGAUCUAUACCUAUACUAUAUUAUUUAGUACCUAUAAGAGUCUAGACAAGACUCUAGAAUUGAUCUACUUAAAUUUGAUAUAUAGAUCCUUGAUUCUGAACUACAGCUCUGUUAAGAAUGUCUGCCAAAGCAAUUUAUGAAGCUAAAGGUAAAGAACUUUUAAACAAAUACUUAGGAGAUGUUGCAAUGAAAAAUCGUUAUGCUUUUGUCAAUGAAGAUGUGUGUUGGAACCAACUUGAACAAGACAACCAGUGGCUUACUUCUGAGAAACUAGUUGUCAAGCCUGAUCAGCUGAUUAAACGCAGAGGUAAACUUGGUCUUAUUAAAGCUGGAGUGGAUUUAAAUGGUGUCAAAGAAUGGCUUGUGGAUAAACUAGGGAAGCCAUUUGAGAUUGGUGCAGCUAAAGGAAAACUCAAAACUUUCAUUAUAGAACCAUUUGUAGAUCAUACACAGAAAGAAGAGCACUAUGUCUGCAUUCACUCGCAUCGAUAUGCAGACACAAUAUUAUUUUAUCAUGAAGGAGGUAUUGAUAUAGGAGAUGUUGACUCUAAGGCAUUAUCUCUUGAAGUGCCAGUAGAUUCAAUUCUAUCACCUGUUGAAGUGAAAAAUAAGCUGCUAAGUCAUGUUCCUGAGCAAGCUGUUCAGCCAAUUACAGACUUUAUUGUCACUUUAUAUAAAGUAUAUCAAGAGCUACAUUUCACUUACCUGGAGAUCAAUCCUUUGGUUGUUAAAGGAACACAGAUAUACAUUCUUGACCUUGCUGCCAAGAUAGAUCAGUGUGCUGAGUUUCUCUGUAAAGCCAAAUGGGGAAACAUUGAGUUUCCUCCACCUUUUGGAAGAGAUGCUCUACCUGAGGAAGCUUAUAUAGCUGAACUUGAUGCCAAGAGUGGAGCCAGUCUAAAAUUAACUAUUCUGAAUAGAAAAGGACGUAUCUGGACUAUGGUUGCUGGUGGUGGUGCAUCUGUUAUAUAUGCGGAUACGAUCUGUGACUUGGGUGGAGCUUCUGAAUUAGCAAACUAUGGAGAAUAUUCUGGGGCACCCAGUGAACAACAGACCUAUGAGUAUGCAAAGACAGUAUUAGCACUUAUGGUGGAGGAACGCCACCCAGAAGGUAAAAUACUCCUCAUUGGAGGUGGCAUUGCAAAUUUCACUAAUGUUGCUGCAACAUUCAAGGGCAUUGUCAGAGCACUGGAAGAAUUUCAACAAAAGCUUGCAGAAGGAAAUGUUUCUAUCUAUGUUAGACGAGCAGGACCAAACUAUCAAGAAGGACUCAGAAUCAUGAGGGAAUUGGGCAACAGGCUUGGUCUUCCUAUUCAUGUUUUUGGUCCUGAAACACACAUGACUGCCAUUGUCAGCAUGGCUCUUGGAAAAAGGGAUAUUCCCACCACACCUAAAGCUUUGCCAACUACAGCCAAUUUUCUGUUACCAGCUUCUGCCAAUCAGCUAUUAAAUUGUUGGCCAUCUCCCUCCAGUAGUAGGCGUGGGUCGCAAGAAUUACUUUCAGCCUGCAAGACUACCCCAAUUAAGACAAGCUCAGCACAAGUUAAUGGCAAUUCCAGUGUAGAUUACAAUCUGUUUAAAAAGGACACAGAGUGUAUUGUAUGGGGCAUGCAGCAGCGUGCUGUACAAGGAAUGCUGGAUUUUGACUAUGUUUGCUCACGGACCAAACCAUCUGUAGUAGCCAUGAUCUAUCCAUUCACUGGUGAUCACAAACAAAAGUUUUACUGGGGACACAAGGAAAUACUUAUUCCAGUAUACAAAAACACCAGUGACUGUAUGAAAAAGCAUCCGACUGCAGAUACAGUAGUCAAUUUUGCUUCCUUGAGAUCUGCUUAUGAUAGCACUGUUGAAAUUUUAAAUUACCCACAGAUUCGAUCUAUAUCAAUCAUCGCUGAAGGAAUUCCUGAAAAUCUCACCAGACAACUUAUCAAGAUUGCCAAUGAAAAGAAAGUAGUAAUCAUAGGCCCUGCCACUGUUGGUGGUGUGAAACCUGGUUGUUUUAAAAUUGGAAAUACAGGUGGAAUGUUGGAUAACAUUUUGGCAUCAAAGUUGUACAGACCAGGAAGUGUUGCCUAUGUUUCAAGAUCAGGAGGAAUGUCAAAUGAACUCAAUAAUAUUAUAGCUCUCAACGCAGAUGGUGUAGAAGAAGGUAUAGCCAUUGGCGGAGAUAGAUAUCCAGGCUCUACAUUUAUGGAUCACAUUUUAAGAUAUCAAGCUAAUCCAGAAGUCAAAAUGAUUGUUUUAUUAGGGGAGGUUGGUGGCGUGGAAGAAUAUCAGUUAGUGGAUGCUAUCAAAAGAGGUGUUGUUGAUAAGCCAGUUGUUGCCUGGUGUAUUGGAACCUGUGCUAAAAUGUUUACUUCAGAGGUUCAAUUUGGUCAUGCUGGUGCUUGUGCUAAUGCAGACGCAGAGACAGCUAGUGCUAAGAAUGAAGCCUUGAGAGCAGUUGGAGCUAUUGUCCCAAAAAGCUUUGACGAAUUAGGAAGUACUAUAAAUGAGGUCUUUACAAAACUUGUGAAUGAUGGUACCAUUAUUCCCAAACCAGAAACAGCACCACCCACUGUUCCAAUGGACUUCAACUGGGCAAGGGAGUUAGGCCUUAUAAGAAAGCCAGCCUCAUUUAUGACAAGUAUUUGUGAUGAGAGGGGUCAAGAGUUGUUGUAUGCAGGCAUUCCAAUCACUGACAUCUUUAAAGAAGAUAUGGGAAUAGGUGGAGUACUCAGUCUGUUGUGGUUUCAAAGAAGGCUUCCAAAAUAUGCAACAAAAUUUAUAGAAAUGUGUUUGAUGGUGACAGCUGAUCAUGGUCCAGCAGUUUCUGGUGCUCACAACACUAUUGUAUGUGCCCGAGCUGGCAAAGAUCUCAUCUCCUCUCUAACAUCUGGCCUCCUGACCAUUGGUGACAGAUUUGGUGGUGCAUUAGAUCAAGCAGCCAAACAGUUUAGUACAGCUCUGGACAGUGGACUUAUUCCCAUGGACUUUGUAAAUGACAUGAGGAAAAAAGGCGCUUUAAUUAUGGGCAUUGGACACAGAGUGAAAUCUUUGAAUAACCCUGAUAUGAGAGUGGUAAUCCUGAAAGAUUAUGUCAAAAAACAUUUCCCUGCAACACCUUUAUUGGACUAUGCUCUUGAAGUUGAAAAGAUCACAACAUCAAAAAAACCAAACUUGAUUUUAAAUGUUGACGGUUUCAUUGGAGUUGCUUUUGUUGACUUGCUCAGAAACAGUGGUUGUUUUACAAGGGAAGAGGCUCAAGAGUUUGUUGAUAUUGGUGCUCUCAAUGCUAUGUUUGUUCUUGGACGCAGUAUGGGAUUUAUUGGUCACUAUUUAGACCAGAAACGUUUAAAGCAAGGUCUAUAUCGCCAUCCUUGGGAUGACAUCUCAUACAUCAUGCCAGACAUCAUUAAGUCAGAAAAUAAUUCAGAAUAAAGAGAAGAGAACAAAUCAGCCACAUUUUUUUUUUCUUAUACAUAUUGCUGUUAUUUAAAUAUUGAUAUUAUUGAAAGGAAAAUAUUUUCUAUGUUUGAAAUGAAAAUCUCAGAAUAGUUUUUUUUAUAAACAUAUUUUGUUUAAUGAAUUCCAUUCCAAUUUUCAUUUUAAUAGUUUCUUAAUUGAUGUAUUAAAAACAUAUUUUUAUCAAUUAACUUGGAUGUUUGAAAAAAAUAUUUUAAAACUUAUUUUGCUUGCAUUUAAUAUGGAAAUUAUACCUUUCUGAUAAAAAGUUUGAAUGUUAGAAGAAAUAAAAAGCCAUUCCAAGAAUAUGAUUUUGUUUACUGUUAAUAAGUAUUAUUUUCAAAAUUGUAUUAUUUGGUUAUUUAGAUGUACUGGUUUAGAUUACUAUUUAAAUUUCAAUGUUCUGGUAGUUCUUUCAUUAGCAUGGCAAGUUUUGUUGAAACAAUGUUUUCAUCAUAUAUGUUAGAAUAUUGUUUAGAAUCUAUAUUUUGAUGAAAAUGGGUGUAGAUCUAGUAAUAUUCAUUAUUUAUUUGUUGCAAUUUUCUAAAUGAAAUGUACAGAUGUGUUCAACUUUUUGAAGUAGGUUUUCAUACUUCUGUGUCCAAGUCAUAUCAAAGCAAACUCCACAAGAGAACCUUUGAACAAUGUGGUAUAUGAAACCAACAUUAUAGGGUGUUGUUUUAUUUACAGUUGAUAGUCCCAUCUUUUUAAAUUCCAUGACCAGACUUUGUCCAAUAAUGGAUCCCCUUAGUAAGACUCAAAUUGCUAAAGGAUUUUAAAUCAUUAACAUUAUAUUGAUACUUUCUUUAAUAAUGUGCUAGUGUAGCAUCUUAAGUAACAACUAGAAAUUUUAAUAUUUUCUUAUUCAAACGUUGUUUUGUCAGAUAUAGAAUUAUGGUGUUUAGAAUAAGUUGUUGAAUAAAGUGGGAAUAUUAGA